GUCAUUACACUACCAGGUCACGGAUGGCUGGGUGUGGCUGUUGAAGAAUUUAUCUAUUUAAUGAAUUCUUUUAAUCAACAAAUUAAGAGAUUUAAUCCAAGACUUGGGAAUUGUUUCCUUGAGGACUUGAUUUGUUUCCCAACACAAGAUAAAAUUGAACACAUUUGUUCAUUUGAUGUUUUCAUACUUGCAUUUUGUUCAGAGCUUGUAAAAUACGAGGACGAGACGGCUGUACAUUGUCUUGACACCAUGUCUCAAACAUGGACCAGACUUGACAACCUUGAAGGAUCAGCCAAAAAUAUGGUCAGUUUCAGGAAAGAGAAACAUUUAUAUAUUCUUCAAAGAAGUGGCAACCUGUGGGAAAUAUGCAGCGACGGAUGCAAAUCUAUAAAUCUGAAAUUGAUGGUUGUCCUUUGGAACGGAAAUCAUAAUGUAAACGGGGCUAUCUGCUACAAUGAUGCGCUCUUUAUUCAUGGACAG